CACCACCGCCACCAGCACCAUCCCCACCAUCGCCAACACCUACUGCCACCCUCAUCCCGCCUCCAAAGAUGCGCCCCGUUGGGGGGGGCCCCAGGGUGGCGCCCGAGAUGCGCCCAGCCGUGCUCCGCGCGCACUCGCCGGCGGAGCGCCUGCGCGCCGCCCGCCAGGCCCGCCGCGGGGGAUUCACGGCCAGCCCUGGCCGCCGCCGGCCUCCGGCCACGGACGUCGGGGGCUCGGCCCCGACAGGGUCCACUUCGAUCCGAUCGGUCAGAUGUCCGAUGUGAGCGACGCAGAGAGGACGGGUUCGAUUGCGCGGACACAUGCGCGCGUAGGGUGCCUGCCUGAGGUGGCGCGUCGGCACCCUCGUUGCCAGUGUAGCGUGCCGUGCUGGCGGCCCGGGCGCGCCACCGCGUACGGUCGCCAUGUCAUCGUGCGUAAGACCGGUUGUUUCUCGUCGUUC